AUGAAAUAAGUAUAAAAAAGGCAAGAGUCAAAUUAUCUUCAAUAGUUGACAGAUAAUAUAAAGGUAAUAAAUUAGGAUUAAUGCGAUGCUAGUGGAGUGUUUUAAGAAUUAUUUCAGUCGUAUAAACACUAUUAUUAAGGAUACAUGUAGAAGGACAGGAUUAAAAUGCUGUUUAACCAGAGUCAUGAAAGAAAUGGAUCUGAUGAUUUAAUUAUUCACUGUGGAACUAUCACAAAAACAACAAACAUUUUUAUUUGCAAUAUUUACAGCAAUCAAGGGGAAAAGCCGCUGAAAUUUAAGUUGUUGAAUCCUGUGCAAAGACUGAUAAUGAUUUGUUAACAGUAUUACGCAGCAAAAAUAUAGAUCAGAUGUAUAUCAAGUAGAUUUGGAAGAUAUUCAACUCUUUAGAGAGUAAGUGUAUAAUAAGAGAUUACCUAAUAGAUAUAGUACAUUUACACUCUUUCGAGAAGAAAUGUAUAAUCUUAAGGGUAACAGAAAGCAAAGUUGAAACAUGCUUUUUAUUACAAGGAUUUGAGCUAACGCUACUUGCUGAUAAUGAAUUUCCAUCUUAUGGAAUUACAUGCUUACUUCCUCUUUUCACUUGAACAAUUAUUUCUUCAUGCCUUUAUGGAUAAAUUUAACAAGUAAUAGUGUUUGCUUAACUAUGAUGGCACAUGAAAAUGUAAUAGAUCAACAAUAGUAGAUAGGUCAAAUAUGAAUAGGCUUGUGCACCUUACCAGAUACCGUUUUUUGCAUCGCAAUACUUUAGAAGUAGAUAAUCUUUCUUUAUAAUAGUAAAAUCAGAUAUUCAAGUCUCAUGUAAAGUGGCAUAACUUUUUCAAAGAAACUCUAAUUUUCUCUAAAUAUCCAUCUUUUAAGACACAAAUCAAUACAUUAAUUAUUUUGUGGAUAUCCUCUUAUAUUUUUAUUGUCUUGUAUUUACAAUGAAUAUUUAUUUUAAUUUGUAAUUAAUUCUUACCAGGAUCCAUUCGCCACGGAAUUCUCAAGUGUUCCUAAACUGGAAGGGGACCCCAGCUACUGCCAGGCCAGGGAAGUCUGAAUUCUCUUCAAACAUGGCCAGAAGGGAUAUGAAGCUUAGGGAACUUGAGACAAAGAAUGAGACGAAGGACCACCUCCUUAUUUUUUGUUCUGAUCCUAUUGCUGGUUCGGGGCUUUUAACUUAGUAGUUUAUAGAGAUCUUUGAUAUAUAUUAUCUCUAGUGCUAUUUAUGCCUCCUGAACAAAUACUAAUUCCAGAACUUUCUACUAAAAUCAUCGAUUAAUAACAUAAAUCUCGAUGAAGCACUAAGGAGUACCACAUUACAAUUACAAAUUAAUUUAAAAUAUAUAGUGCAGUUCCUAAAGAACUCCACUGGGAUCUAGAGUUAGGCACCCUCUAAACCUCCCAGCAUUAUUAACCCCAGGUGUCUCGAUAUUAACUAUAAAUUCUACAUCAAACUUUGAU